AUCGAUUUUUCUGGGAGCAGCUUGUCAUCACUGAUUUCCACUGGCACGCCAUACACCGUUAGCUAGAGACCUUGCAACUGAAUAAUACACAACAUACACGGCCAUGGCUGAUCCAAGAAUACGACAAAUCAAGAUUAAAACGGGCAUUGUUAGAAGGCUGGCCAAAGAGAAGGUUGCAUACAUAACUGAAGCAAAGCAGCAAGAGGAGAAGGUUGAGCGUCUGAAAGCAGAGGGAGGAGAUGAUUAUGUCAUUAAGAAACAGAUGGAGGUGUUGCAGGAAUCCAGAAUGAUGAUCCCAGACUGUCACCGCCGGCUGGCCGUAGCACAUGCAGACCUGCUUCAGUUACUAGAAACAGAAGAGGAUCUGGGUGAAUCAGAGGAGUACAAAGAGGCUAGAAACAUAUUGGACUCAGUGAAGCUUGAAGGAUGAUUUCUGAUGUGUUUCUGUUCUCACUGUGAGCUUCACCUGCUUAAAUGUCCAUUCCUUUCGUCAGGCCUUGUUUGGAGCCGUGGAAACCAACGAAUCCAUUCAGUCUCUGCUCUUGAUGUAAUUAUUUCUACUGUUUACUGUUAACGUGCCACCACAUUUGUUCACGCUUCUCCUGCGUGUAAAAUCCCAUAAGAACACGAUAAAACAUUCAGUUUAUUACAGUACAAGAGUGGAGAGUUUUUCUUGGUUUUAUUUCUCAUUCUAACACACAGUCAGGACUUCAUAGAUUAAAUUCACACAUUUGUCACUUGUGGGUUUUUUUUUUUUUUUUUUUUUUUGCAUUAAUAAUUUGGAGAUUUUGAUGGUUUGAAUUGCGCUGGGAUUGGUUUGGAAUAUGAAUUCUUUACUUUUCAUAUUUUUUAAUGAAUUUUGCUUUUCCUAAUCUUCUCUGGCCUUUAUAGACUAACAUUUUUUUAAUUUCAAAAUGCCCAAAUUACUAAAUAGAUCUGCAAUUAAUGCUUAUUUUCACUGAUGAUUAAUCAAUGUUUUGGUUAUUAAGUAAAAUUACAGUUUAGUUACAGCAAUGAUUUAACUGUUUACGGUCUUUUAGUUUAUGAAGGUAUAAAAAUAUUAAAGAAACUUACAUUGAAUGUGUUAUCACAUUUCCUUCAUCA